CCAGACUUACGAUACCACCCACCAUGACCUUGUUGCCCAGGUCAAUUGGCUCCCGGCUAAUACCAGCUGCUGUGCGGCCAUCCACAGCCAGGCUCAUUGCCCCAAGAUACCGCCCAUAUGCGACCGAACCAAGGCCCAAGACGGGCCCCGGCGAUGCUCCCGGUGCAACGGCCGGCGAAUCUUCUAUGAUCCAAACUGAGAGCCCAGGAAAUGCAAUGGCGAAGCAUCAGCCUGACUAUAAUGUUGCAGUGGACUACCGAACCUCGAAUUUCUCCCCAAUCCCAAAGCGAGUCAUGGAUGGAAGUGAGCCUGGCGAGUCUGUCGCUGCUGCUGUUCUCUCGGGCGCGCCUGUAGAUCUUCAAGCCCGGACUGUGCGAAUCUACCGCCCAACCAAAGCUGCAACCCAAUCCGGCGACUGGCACUCACACCAUUGGCUUAUGGACUGGGACCCUCUUCCCAAGGGUCACAGAUGGGAGAACCCGCUGAUGGGAUGGCAAUCGUCAGCUGACUUCAUGCAAGGACACCGGAUACAAUUCAAGACAAAGGAGGACGCCAUUAUCUUUGCGAAUAAGCAGGGGUAUGAGUACUUCAUUCAGGAGCCGAACGAGCGCAAGUUCGUGCCCAAGGCGUAUGCGAAUAAUUUCGUGCAUUACCCGAAGAAGUUGAAGAUCAUCAGGACAAAGUAGAUUAGUAAGGACACAGCGCCAUUUGUAAAUAAAGAUCUCGAUAUGCUUUCUUGUUGCUUUGU